AUGGCCGGACAGAUCGUGGCCGACAAUUCAGAUAUGCUCGACAACUUUCUCCGAGAAGGUCUGAGCCUCCAGCAUCUAUGCCACCACGCAAUCCUAUUCGAUUAUCCGCCGAAUGAAACUCUCAGGGUACAGGCUAUCGGCCGCCUCCAGCGCGUGGACCAGCGACUGUCGAAAGCCAUCCCGUCGAUGGUAGCAGAGCUAAACAAACAAAUUUUUAGAGCAAAAGAAGAAGGCAAUGAGAUUGAUUUGGGCCAGUGGGCUGUCGGGGCGGACGGGGCGUUAGUGAAGCGGGGGGAAGAAGGGGAGAGAAUGGAGGAGGAUGCGGAAAGCACUUGGCUUGUGGGGGAGGAUGUGGUUCGCCGAUUGCCUCAGUUGAUGGGCGGAGAGGAGUGUCCCGUGCCUUAA